AUGGGAAAGGUCAAGAAGAAGGGAACUUCUGGUAACGCCAAGAAUUUCAUAACCAGAACGCAGGCCAUCAAGAGACUCCAGGUCUCGCUGGCCGAUUUCCGUCGGUUGUGUAUUUUCAAGGGCAUUUACCCAAGAGAACCAAGAAACAAGAAGAAGGCCAACAAGGGAUCAACAGCCCCAGUCACAUUCUACUACACCAAGGACAUUCAGUAUCUUAUGCAUGAGCCGAUCUUGGCAAAGUUCAGAGAGCACAAAACUUUCUCCAAGAAGCUCAACAAGGCUUUGGGCAAAGGUGAAGUUGGAGAUGCCAAGAGACUUGAGGAACACAAGCCAAAAUACAAGCUCGACAAGGUGGUCAAGGAAAGAUAUCCAUCCUUUUUAGACGCUUUGAGAGAUCUGGACGACUGUUUGAACAUGCUGUUUUUGUUCAGCAACAUGCCUGCUACCGAUAAAGUUAGUGCCAGAAUCACUUCUGAAGCUACCAAGCUCACUAACCAAUGGAUGGCGUAUGUUUCGAGAGAACGGCUGUUGAGAAAAGUGUUUGUGUCGAUCAAGGGAGUGUACUACUCCGCCAAUGUGCGAGGCCAGGAGGUGAUCUGGCUCGUUCCGUUCAAGUUCCCGCAAAAUAUUCCGUCCGACAUUGAUUUCAGAAUCAUGCUCACUUUCCUCGAAUUUUACUCCACUUUGUUGCACUUUGUUCUGUACAAGCUCUACACAGACGCCGGGUUGGUUUAUCCACCAAAGGUCGACCAGACCAAGAUCAAAGGAAUCGGUGGUUUGUCCGCAUACAUCUUGGAGACCAAGGGCAGCGAAUCUGUUCUUCCUUCCGUGCCUCAAGAAUCUGAGCAAGCUGAGGAGACUGAGAUUCCUGAGGAGGAGAUCAACAAAGCUUUGGCUGCUGACGAGAAGACAGAGGCCGUCGAGGACAACCAGGAGGAGGAAGAGGAGAAGGAGGUCGAGCUUGACGAGUUUAAGGACACCAACAAGAACUCUGGAGACCUGCUUGCACAGCCGUCCAAGUACGGCAACAGUUCGAGCACUUUACUGUCCAAGUUUGUGUUCUAUCUCGGAAGAGAGGUUCCUGUCGACACUUUGGAGUUUGUGAUUUUGUCUGCUGGUGGCCGUGUGAUCAGCGAGGCUGCUUUGGACGAGGCCAAGCUGAACGGUUCUGCCGUGAAUGUUGACUUGAGCGCUGUGACGCACCAGAUCGUUGACAGACCAAAGGUCGCCAACAAGGUGCAAGGCCGGACAUAUGUGCAGCCACAAUGGGUGUUUGACUGUCUUAACAAGGGCGAGCUUCUGAACGUGAGCGACUAUGCGCCAGGCGAGACUCUUCCACCGCAUCUCUCUCCAUGGGGUGACGGAGGAUUCUACAACCCAGAGUCCAGAGAGGCUGCUGCUGAGGAGGCCGAAGAGGAAGAGGCGGAAGUUGACGAAGAGGCGGAAGACGAGGAAGACGAAGACGACGAGGAAGCAGACGAGGAAGCAGACGACCUGGCCGAACAGAGAGAGUUGGAGCUUGAGGCAGCAGGCGUGAAGUACUCCGAGGCAGAGAACAAGAAGAAGAGAACGGUUUCGGAAGCCGAGAAACAGGCCAAGGCUGCCAAGGAAGAGAAAGAGCUCAAGAUGAUCAUGAUGUCCAAUAAGCAGAAAAAGCUGUACAAGAAGAUGCAGUACGGUAUCGACAAGCAAGAGUCCCGUAAAGAGGAGCUUGAGUCGAAGAAGCGCAAGCUGGAGUCCACGAAAAAGAAGUUGGACAAGCUUAACAAGAAGAAGACUAAAUAG